CGCUGGGAUUGUGUGUGUACGGAUAUUAUUUCACAGAUGUAUCCAGUAUUAGAACAAUACCCGAUGACAGUGCACUAGAACAUUCCCACAGUUAUUGGAAGAUAUGGAAUCCGACUGACAUGUGGAGUACCAUGCAAACAGCAAUAUCGUUACUAUUGUUUUAUUUUGUUCAAGUAAUAUCGGAAAGGGAGCAUAAAGUACACAAUAUAGUUCUUUACCCAGAAAAACACUCCUGGUGUCAAAUAACACCAAUUCAACAAAUAAUUGCCUCCCCCGGCUACGAGUCAGUCACCAUAGACAACAACGUUUGUGUGGGAGCCUGCUAUAGCUAUUCCAUACCAAAAACCCAACCUGCUGAACCCGGAGAGUUAAUCGGUCCAUAUUGUGACAGCUGUCAACCUUCGGAGAUAAAAUGCUACCACGUCAAUCUUAAACAAAUAGAGAAGAAUGUGGAGGGGCCAAAAAUUUUACAAAAAAGAGUACAAAUCAUUACUAAUUGUUCGUGUCAAAGCUGCGAUAAGGUUAGAAGUGAAGAUUGUAAGAUUACUGAUGGAAACACUUUGGAAUUACCACAUAAUCUAUUUACAAUCGAUAAAAAUGCUAAUAAGUCAGUAAGUGAGGAAAUACCGGAUCUUCUGGAAAGAAACAACAGCUAUCAUAUUCUUCCUACUCUAGAUAACGAUCUGAAAAAACUAAAGUACAAGAAAUGGUUCGAGAGUCAUCAAAAUGAAAUAGAAAGAACGUACAGUUCUGAUGCCUAUCGGUUAUUUUUAAAACAAAAUAGAGAUAAUAACAUUAAAGUAGAGGAAGAUCUUGAUGAUCCUGAUUUACCGAUUAACUUUGGAUUGGAAGGGGUGCCGAGUGGGUUAAGGGAUAGUCAAAUAGAAAUACAACAAAAACCGGGUCCAGUCUUAGAAGACGAUGACGACGAUAUCAGCUCCGAGGAAACAGAAACACAUUCUAAUGAUAUAGUAGUCCUUCCAAACGUGGAGAAGCACCACGAAAUAAAACAAGAAGAAUUAAGUGGCUUAAAAACUCACCCUACGGGACAUCACAAAGGAACAUCACCAUAUUGGUGAAGAACAACUUAUUGGUAUGAACGUGGUUCACAUGAUAAAAGGACCUCACGGUAGUUUAGUUGCAGCUCCAGUAGAAGCCAAACUACAGAUUGACUCGGAUGCUUUACAACCAAACAUGAAGGUGUAGUUAUAGACUAUGGAGCACCAGAUAGUAAAACGCAUAGUAAAGUUGCUGAACUAUUUGAAAACUAAGAUAAUAUAUAAGAGAGAGGGGCAUAUACUCAAAUGUAUUCAAAUAAUAUGAAAAUUUAAUAUUUCAGUUAAAGAUUUUCGCU